GACAGAGGCCCAGCCAUGUCCAGCCCAGGGCUCCUGCUCCUGCUCUUGCUGCUGGCAACACCACCACCUCUGCAGCCUUCCUCGCUGGCACCACCGGACACCCCAGAGGGCAAGGCCACCAUCAUGGGCCUCAUCCUCUCGGCGCUGGAGAGAGCCACCUCCUUCCUGAAGAAGAGGCUGCCUGAAAUCAACCUGGACGGUGUGGUGGGGUUCCGGGUGCUGGAAGUGCAGCUAAAAGGUGUUCAGGAAAAGUGGGCCCGGGACCCCCAGCUGCAACGGCUGAGCCUGCGCGUGGGGAAGCUGGCAGAAAAGCUGGCACCUCUCCUUCACAGAUCCAUCUUCUAUCUCAGGCUGAGUGACCCCAAGUACUUAAGAGAAUUCCAGCCGACCAUCCAGCCUGGGUUCUGGAAGCUUCCACAUGCCUGGACCAGCACAGAUGCCUCCAUGGUCUACCCCACGUUUGAGCCAUAGGACUCCUUCUCAGAGGAACGCAGUGACUCGUGUCUCGUGCAGCUGCUGGGAACAGGGACAGACAACAGUCAGCCCUGCAGGCUCUCGGACUCCUGCAGGACCCUCAUGACCAAGCCUGGCUGCUCCGGCUACUGCCUGUCCCACCAGCUGCUCUUCUUCCUCUCGGCCAGAAUGAAGGGAUGCACAGGCGGACUGUUCCGCCAGAGCCAACACUACAUGAACCUCUUUUGUGCCAACAUGAUGGACCUGAACCAGAGAGCUGAGGCCAUCGGAUACGCUUACCCCACCCGGGACAUCUUCAUGGAAAACAUUAUGUUUUGUGGAAUCAGUGGCUUCUUGGACUUCUACAAGCUCCAGUGGCUGGAGGCCAUUCUCAACUGGCAGAAGCCACAGGAAGGAUGCUUCGGGAGGCCAGCUGCUGAAGAUGAAGAAUUAUCGAAAGCCAUUCAACGCCAACAGCAUGUUUUGAGAAGAGUGAAGAGGCGAGAAAAACAAUUUACAGACGGCUGUUCCUCCCACAACACAGCCAUGGCUGUGGCAGCCCUCGGGGGCUUCCUCUACGUCUUGGCGGAAUACCCCCCAGCAAAUGGAGAGCUGUGGCCGUCCACACUGACGCCACCCGCAGUUGCUGAGACACAUGUUUCCACACCUGCCACUGGAAGAUGAAACAGAAGCCGGACGCCCUUAGUCAGUCCUUCCUCCCUUAAAUCCUGGGUGCCCGGGCCAUACCGACAAGGAGGCGGCAGAAUAAAGACUAGCAAAGCAACCCAGCUUCAUCCCCUCAGGGAGCAGGGCCAGGGAAGGUGAUGUAGGGGUGGAUCCAGGCGUGGGAUCCAGGCAUGGAAGCAGAUGAAUAAAUUUAGAGUGCAGUUGAGUCGUGUUUCUCAGCCGUGGGGACAACUUCUAGGGCUCUGUUUCAAGUCACGACACAAAUUCCAAGGAGACCCAUAACUUGAGUCUUAAAGGCGGUUUGUUCAGAUGCCCAACUGUUGCGCCCUUCCCGGUGGGAGAAAUAAGGGUCUCUGAAUGUAACAGUUCAAGUCCGAGUUCAAGUUCAAGACCGAACUUGAGACGUGGUCACAAAAGAUCAGCUCAUAAAAUGUUUAUAUCCGUGCGAGGAACUCUACAGUCCCAUGUCGCGUCCUUUCAUGGCCACAUCAUUUUACAGAAAGGCAGUGUGGCAUCAUGGUUAAUGGUGUGGCUCUGUGCCCAGGCUCCCUGAGUCCGAAUCCCAGCUGUCCUGCUAAUUAGCUCUGUGUCCCCGGGCAAGAUCAUUUAGCGUCUCUGCGACUCUGUUUCCUCAUCAGUACGAUUGGGACAAUUACAGCAACUGCCUCAGGAUUACUUGCAGUGCUGUGACCAUCAUCUUUGUGGGGUACUGAGAACCAUUCCUAUAACAUAGUAAGUGCCAGGUGAGUGGCACUUAUCCCCCCACAGGAGGGAUGAUGUCACAUUACCUGGGAGUUUGUCCUGAAGCAGUGGGCAUGGAGAGCUGACUUGUCAACUUUUCUCUUAUGCCCAGCUUGUAACAACUUCCUCCCUCGUGUUCUGCUUCAGUGUGAGUAUAUCUGAACAUGUCAAUGAGAGUUCUUUUUUGUUUUGUUUUGUUUUUAAUUAAUUUAUGGGUCCAGGCACUGUCUGUGGUGCAGAUUUCAGGCUAUGGACAGAUGCAUGUCAAAAGGAGACUGGGGUAGAAAACUCAGCUAAAAACCCAGUCCUUUGGACUGGAAGUUUCUUUAAGUCCAUCAUCUUGCUUUGCUUCGAAGUGAAAAAUAGAUCAUCCUUAGGUGACAAUUGAGUUGUAUUUGAC